UGAUCUAAUCUUACUCUAAGUUCUGAAUGUUUAUAAAUUGUUUCUAAAGAUGGAAUCCUGGAGUAAAAGUCAAAACGGAUUAUCUGGUUUUAGUUGUGUUUCAGAUGGGGUGCACAGUUGGUUCUCGAUUACAGGCCAAAGUCUGCUCCAGCGGAAGGCUUUGCCUCAGCAGUAGCGGGGCUGUCCCUGCCCAGCAGGGAAAGCAGCUGAACCAGCCUUAAUCUCACUGCAGUCCCGAGCAAACAAGGAAAUGCAUUCCUGGCCAUCUGCAAGGAGAGCAGUCCCAGCCUUCUCGGAAAGUGCAACUUCUCUGUAGACCUUAAAGCCCAAAAGCUGAAGCAGAACGAGUGCAAUCGGUCUUUCACUUUCCCUGGAUUCCUGUUAUUUAGGCCUGCAAAUAAAACUGGGGAUAUUUGGUCUUGCUACAAGUAGAAACGGCUUCAAAACAACGUGAUAAACAGCAGUCGGGGAGAUGCAGACGCUUCUUGUUGAAUUUAUGGGCCGGGGUCGUCUUUUGUCGCUUCCCCCCGUGUGGUGCAGGCCAUCGCAUUUAUCACUGCGGGAUAAAUUUAUCGGUGGGAGCAUGGAGGCUGGGCUGCCUGAGCUUCCCGACGGGAACCGGGCCGGGGGGGCACGGACGAUCAGCGGGACAAACCCGAUGAGAAACAGGAGUGGGUCGGUGCCGGGGGCCGGAUCAGUCACGGGGAGCGGGUCGGUGCCGGGGAGCCCCAGCAGGGGCAGAGCCGUGAGGGCAGCUCAGCCCCACUGUUGGACUUUCACAUUUGAACCCGUGCGGGCACCCGCGCUGCCCCAGCCCGCGGCCCGCUCCCGGCGGAAGCGGAAGGGCCAGGCGGCAGCAGCGGGAGCAGCCGGAGCCCAGGCUGAAUAGCGGCGGUAACAGCGGUCGGUAGCGGCGGCAAAAAUGCCUGCAACGUGCGACUUCGUUACACUCCACACAGGGCAGAAGAUGCCUCUCGUAGGACUGGGAACUUGGAAAAGUGACCGGGGCCAAGUGAAGGAGGCAGUGAAACACGCCCUCAGCGUGGGCUAUCGCCACAUCGACUGCGCAGCCGCCUACAGCAACGAAGCCGAGAUCGGGGAGGCCUUCCAGGAGUGCGUGGGGCCCAGCAAGGUUAUUAAAAGGGAGGACCUGUUUGUAACAUCAAAGCUCUGGAAUACCAAGCACCACCCUGAAGAUGUAGAGCCAGCACUGAGGAAAACACUUGGAGAUAUGAAACUGGAUUACCUGGACCUGUACCUCAUGCACUGGCCUCAUGCCUUUGAGCGAGGGGACAAUCUCUUCCCAAAGAAUCCUGACAACACGAUGCGUUAUGACUACAUUGAUUACAAGGAAACCUGGAAGGCCAUGGAGAAACUGGUGGAGAAAGGUCUUGUGAAGGCCAUUGGGCUGUCAAACUUCAACAGCCGUCAGAUCGAUGAUGUGCUAAGUGUGGCUACUGUGAAGCCAGCUGUGCUCCAGGUGGAAUGCCAUCCUUACCUAGCUCAGAACGAGCUGAUUGCUCACUGCCAGAAGCGAGGACUGGUGGUCACUGCCUACAGUCCCCUUGGCUCUCCGGAUCGCAUGUGGAAACACCCGGAUGAGCCUGUGCUGCUAGAGGAACCUGGGGUCAAAAAAAUUGCUGAAAAAUACAGCAAGUCACCUGCACAGAUCCUCCUCAGAUGGCAAGUGCAGCGUAAAGUGGUUGUCAUUCCCAAGAGUGUCACUCCUGCUCGCAUUCAGCAGAAUCUGCAGGUGUUUGACUUCAGCCUCACAGAAGAGGAGAUGAGCCACAUUGGAAGCCUGAACAAAAACUGGCGUUACAUUGUGCCAAUGAUUACGGUGGAUGGAAAGCUGGUAGCCAGAGAUGCUGGACACCCGCACUACCCCUUCAAUGACCCCUAUUAACUGCAGGAAAAUAAGGUGUUACAGUAAUGCUCCAGUAAUUGCCUUCACACAAAGUAAUUGUUGCCACGAUUUUCAUACAAUGUACUACUUCUAAUCGACCUCCUGCCUGGAGAUCCCGUAGCUUCUGUUUCAAAGUUGGUGGAUUUAUUACAAUGAUUGCAAGCUGGCUGCUGGAGGCAUCAGAUCUUUUGGAGAUUACAUAAAGAGUGAGGAGUCUAAGUCAAGUUCCAGACACAUCGUUAUCAGACAAGGGCAUUACUUUGAGUAAUUACUUUGGUUACUGCUGUGAAACGGUUUUGAAAACUUCAGUUGCUACCGUGAUGAGGGGAAAAAAAGAAGGGUGAAAGUGUGAAAGUUUUUUAAGGCUAAAGAAUUGCUCAGCCAUCAACUUUGAUCUCUUUUAUUACCAAUUUUUUACACAGGGAAUAAAGUGAAAGGUGCUACAAUUGCACUAUGUCCAUAAACCAUCCAUUAAAACCCAACUAAUCAGCCGUGCCCAGUGCUUUUAUCCACUUCAUAGUACUUUUGGGACCUAGAGUUGUCAAUUUUCUCUUUCUUUUAAUUUGCCUGUAGAUUUGAGCAGAAUAAAGCAGACCCUGGAGCAGGCCUUCAGGGCAAUCCCCUCUCUUGCUUGUCACAGUGCUGGGUUUCAGCUCUGACAGCAGCUCUGAUCCUAUCACAAAAGCCACAAGAACUUUGCAGCAAGUCUUGCAGAAAAACAUCCUGCUUUUCCCAUGAAGCUGUCCACUGUUUCUUUACCAAAGAUGUCCAUUUUGAGUUCUGGAAGGUCACAAAAUUAGUUCCUAAUUGUACAGUAAGACCAAAGACCUUUCAGAGCUCCCAACGUUUUAGUGGUUCAUUUUUGGCUGUUGCCAGAAAAUGUCUUUGGUUGAUGCUUAGGAGGGCUGCUCCUGUCUCCUGCUGGUAACUCGGGGUGACUCAUUUGCCUUUUGUGCCUGUUUUCCUGCUUGCCAUGCCUGUGUUCCCCUGGCAGGGACUGAUUUGCUGAGUGCUGAUGCCCUUGGACUGGAACUCCAGCUCUAAGCACAGUUUUCUUUUGUGUCUCCUAAUGAAUUGGCUGAGCACAAAGGGCAUGAGGUGUUGGUACCUACCUGUGGUGACACUUUCUGUGGCCUUAGAAACAUCAACACUUUAUUUUGGUCCUCUCUACCUGUUAAAUAGGAUUAAUUUUUUUCCCCACGGUAAUUAGAAUUGCUAUUGGAUUGCUAUUUUCCUGUAGCAAGCAAUUAGAAAAAUAGUCUUGUAUAUCAAGUAGUUCAAAAGUUAAUGAAUUAGACACUUUAAUUUGGAUACCCUCAUUUGCAAUAGGCCUUUAGCAGAUCUAUGAAUUCAUUUUGAGUGUAAAGCCUUCUCAGGUAAUUCCUGCCCUGGGCCUCACAGUGUGCAGCUGAACUGCAAAAAAAAAAAGAGUGACACCAAUUUAUCACUCCUUGUAAACCGCAGGCAAAAUUUCAGGAACUUCUGUUCCUUCGUAAAAUGUUUCCUAAUUCCUGAUGAAUUUGCCUCAGUGGAGGAAGCCAUUGCACCUCAUUUAAGAUUCUUUACUAGACUGGACAUUUUCUCCUAAGGAAAAUUAAAUUCUUGUUGGUUUCUUUAAUUAUUCCACUCAACAUGGUGACUUUGAAUACAGUUUUUGUUGCAAUCCUGCCAAGGACAGUGGCUUUUCUUGCUUGUUUCACUUGCAUGUUUUCUUGUUUAAAUAAAUUCUGUACUCAUUGUA